AUGCGAAAAUGGAUUGCUGGUGGCAUGUGCAAAAGUAGAGCACGUCUUGAUGGAAAAACAGUAAUGAUUACCGGAGCCAACACUGGUAUUGGCAAGGAAACAGCAAAGGAUUUGGCUCGUCGAGGUGCUCGAGUUGUGAUGGCCUGUCGGGACCUGAGGCAGGCUGACAUAGCUAAGCAAGAGAUUCCAGGUCACAGGAAAGUGAUCAUUUGGCACAUGAAUUUAGCCUCCCUUUAUUCUAUUCAUGAGUUUGCCAAAGAAUUCUUAGCAACAGAGGAAAGACUGGAUAUUCUGAUCAACAAUGCAGGUGUAAUGCUGUGCCCCAAGUGGAUCACAGAGGAUGGAUUUGAGACACAGCUAGCCGUCAAUUAGCUAGGCCAUUCCUUACUUACCAAUCUUCUGUUGGGAAUUCUCAAGAUCUCUGCCCCGAGUCGUGUGGUGAAUGUGUCCAGUAUUGCACAUGCUGGUGGAAAGAUUCAUAUUGAUGAUCUAUUUUUUGACAAGAGGCCAUACAACUCCCUGGAAAGCUAUAAACAAAGCAAGCUAGCCAAUGUGCUGUUCUCCAGAGAACUUGCUCGGCGGAUGAAGGGUACUGGGUUGACUUCCUACAGCUUGCACCCUGGAGUGAUUAAUACAGAUCUGAUCCGCCAUGUGAAGUCUAAGUUCCCCCCGCUAAGUUCUGUGCUGACAUUCUUUUCCAUACUGCUAAUGAAGACACCAUGGCAGGGAGCACAGACAUCCAUCCACUGUGCUGUGACAGAGGGCUUAGAGAAAAAGUUUGGCUGCUAUUUCAGAGGCGCUGGUAUGAACACAGGGGGCGCUGUGGAGCAUCACGCGCAAGCAGCACAGCGGCAACUUCUUUAA